UUGGCUUCACAGAAGGGUAGUGAAGUUGCAGCAGAUACUGACCCGUCAGUAUCUGCUGCAACUUCCGAAGUUGAUAUUCCGUUAGAGGAUGUUUCUCGCACUUUGCGCAAUCAAACCGAUCGAGAUUUUUUACAGUCUAAUUUCACAGUGCAAGCUUCACCAUCAUUAUUGAUGUGCGAAGAGCAACCAGAACUACUUGAAAAAACCAAGCCAGAAUACGAAGGAUCUAAAUCCCCGCAUUCGGUUUCGGAUGAAAUGCAAAAAACCGGAUUUGAUUUGACGGACCCCGGGCAAUUGGCCAGGGGUUGA